AAUCCAGGGUUUAUAUGCAUAAUUCAUCUAGACGGACGGAGGUAGAGAAGAAGAGAGGAUGAGAGAGAGAGCUGUCCGCACCAUGUGAGAUCUGACAUUUGGAUGAAAUGAUGCGGCGAGUAAAUUGCGAAUGAUAGCUUGAUAGAGCCAGUAGGGCUAUAGUUUCAACAUGGUAACAACGUAGUAUAUGGGCUACAUAUGAAUUUGACCAUCGUGAUACGAAUCUAUUGCAGUUGAGGAGGAUGGGCUCGCAACUGGUACAGACUCUGCGUCAGGGGGUUUGGGCAUCAUUGACAGGAGGUUGGUACCAUGACCCGGACCAGAACACAUUCAAUAAUUCCUGUCACCUCUAUUUGUGGAUGUUCCUUCUAAUGUUGCCACUAUCACUACAUUUGGCUCUUCCGCCCACCACCAUGGCACUUAGUAUAUACUGCACCUCAGUCACCAUCUUCUUCAUCACGAUAAAGAUGGUCAACUAUCGCCUUCAUGUGAUGUUUGAUAAAGGUGACGUUGUGCCCCCAAGCAGUCUCUCUGAUGUCAUCCAAGGUGCAGAGAAUAAAAGCAACGCGUCAGAUUCAUGUCUUGCAGCCAAAUUAAGGAAAAGCAGCACGGUUCCUGACAGUGUUGCCAUGACAAUGUUGACGAGAAACAGGCCGAGUCCAGUCAUCCAGGUUACAGUGAAACAGACAGAAACGGACCCUGGGUUGAUUGGUGUGGAGUGCCCAAAAUCAGAAGACUUAAAGAAUACUGAAGCCCAGAGUGACAGUAUCCCCAAGGAGAAACAACCCAGAGUGAGCCUACAGCCUGAGCAAGAGCUCUCCCCAGAGGACCUGUCUAGCCCCAACCCUGACCAGGCUGCCCCUCUCCUGCUGGGGGAGCAGAAGCAUGUGGCUGAUAGGGAGAUUGCUGAUGAGGGACUGCCCUCUUCCAAGGGGAGUGAUGAAGAAAGCACAGACGAGACAAAGCAGGAGAAACAGCUCCAACAGGACCCCAACAACAACUCUCUAGAGGUCAUUCAGGAGCGUGAUGACCCCCUCCCACAUCCUCCUCAGAAUGACCAGCCAGAGGAGACAUACUGCUCAGAUGAGAUCGCUGUUGUCUUUGUGGACAACUCUGGCCCAUCAGCCCGCCUGGAUGAGAACGACAUGGUCAAGAUCAUCAUCACCAUGAGCUGUGAUGCCCAGACGGCUGCGGAGCUGGAGGAGUCGGUCAAACAGAGCAUCCUGGAGUCUGCCCAGGCACAGAUGGGCAUCGACCCCCAUGGAGGGGCUGCUGGCGACUGCCUCAUCAAAAUCCCUGUUAUCACCUUUGACUCACCUGAGGAUGAUGAACGGAGUGGUGCAGAGAAUGAAGGGGAACCCUUAUCUGAGGCUGACUCUGCUGAGCUGCAGACCCCAAGCCCAGACGGCCAGAUCACCAAAGAGUUGAUGAGCGCUGACUCUGCCGCUCUGGACUGCCGGGACUUAGAGUACAACGAGGCAGACCUGGAACACCCCAGCCCCCAGUUGACCACAGCCGACAACAGCUCCUCUGGCAUUGAUGUCCACUCCCACCCUGACGAGAACGACCCUCCGGACCUCAAUGUGGAUGCAGAUGGCUUCCUGCGAAUCCCGUCUAUGUUCAGGAAGUACGGCCCAGGGGGCAGGACACACGUGCGAGGCCUGAGCAUGGACAGCGGGAAGGAUGCAGUCCUCAUUGCUGACAGAUCACAGAAUAAACAGACCACCAUGACCUCAUCCAAGUCAGACCUGGAGGCCAAGGAGGGCCAGAUCCCCAACGAGUCCAACUUUGUGGAGUUUGUGUCGCUGCUGGAGUCCAUCAACAGCACCAGGGGAGCCAGUGGCAUUGAAAACCCACCAGAGGAGGUGACAAAUGAGGAGGACAGAGCCAUGGAGGAAGAGGAUGUCACUGCAAAAAUUGAGGAUAACGCAGAGACAGAGAGCCAGCAGGAGCGGCCAAACCCUCCCAAUACUCUGGCCACAACAGACACCCUCCACACCAUCCCCGAAACACGGAUCCCCAUUGUGUCUCCAGACAGUUUGUCCUCUACUCUCAGUCCCCAGACAGACCGGGAUAAAGACCCAGACUACGACUCCCUGCCCUCCCAAACAUCUCAGUCAGAGAGCUCGAUGCUCCAGGUCAUAUGCAGACCAGAGGCCACCAACAAGGAGGACGCCUAUACUUUUCAUACAGUCCACAGAGACAGACCUCGUAAACUGUAUGCUGAGAGAGCCCUAAACCUACCCCUCGGAGCUGAACUUAUCACAGGCAACAUGUGUGAUCUCCUGUCAACUUCCUCCAACUCAGAGUGCCAGGACGGGCUGGCGGGUGGACAUACAGACUGCCCCUUCCAGCGCCGCAUCAUCCCUUCACACAGGCUUCGGCCUCGGAGAACUCACCCUGAAAUCUUCCAGGAGGAGGACUCAAUUGAUGAAUCAUCAGAGACCUCCACACAGGAAAAGCCUUCUCGUAAGCUGUACUACAAGCUCAAGCUUUUUCCUGGGAAGUGGGUAAACAUCUUGUAUGACCGGCUCGCCUUGUUGGCGCUAUUGGACAGGAACCAGGAUGUGGUGGAGAACAUAGCAGUUGUGUUCCUGGCCUUUCUGGUGGCCUUCCUGGGAUUCAUCCUGCUCAACCAUGGCUGCUUCAAAGACAUCUGGGUUUUCCAGUUCUGCGUGGUCAUAGCUAGCUGCCAGUACUCAUUGUUAAAGAGUGUCCAACCUGAUGCAGCCUCGCCGACACAUGGACACAAUCAGAUUGUUGCCUACAGCCGGGCUGCUUAUUUCUGUAUUUUCUGUGGCCUUAUUUGGAUUCUGGAACAGAUGUUAAGAAGGAAGGACCUGCCUGUGUCCACUGUAUAUGGCAUCACCAUAGUAUUAGCAGAUGCUCUCAAAUUCCUGAGAGACAUUUUAGUGGGCAUCACUUACUGCUUUCCUAUCACAUUUCUCGUUGGCCUGUUCCCACAAAUCAACACCUUUAUGAUUUACCUGCUCGAACAAAUAGACAUUCAUUUCUUUGGUGGAACAGCUGCAACUGGACUCCACUCAGCAGUGUACAGCAUAUUCCGUAGUCUGACAGCAUUGUCUUUGCUGUACGGUUUCUGUUUUGGAGCUCUGAAGGAGCCCUGGGAUGAACAGCAUACCCCAGCCUUGUUCUCUGGGUUCUGUGGCUUGCUGGUGGUUCUCUCCUAUCAUCUGAGUGGGCAGAGCAGUGAUCCGACUGUGCUGAUGUCUCUGAUCAAGUCCAAACUGAUGCCCACUCUUGUGGACAGUGAGGAAGAGGGUGAAGACUCAGAAGACAUCAAGGAUCCUCUUCCAGAGAAGCUCAUGAAUUCAGUGAAGGAGAUUCUUCUUUCAGAUCUUGUGGUCUGCUCCAUUGCCUACAUUUUAACUUUUGCUAUAACUUCAAGCACUGUCUUCCUGUCCCUAAAGCCCUUUGUGACCAUAGUACUGUAUGCGCUGGCAGGGACAGUGGGCUUUGUCACCCACUAUCUUGUACCCCAGUUACGGAAGCACCACCCUUGGCUCUGGAUCUCUCACCCAGUGCUAAAGAGCAAUGAGUACUCCCAGUUUGAGCCCAGAGAUGAUGCUCAGUUGAUGUGGUUUGAGCGUCUGUACGUGGGCCUGCUGUGUUUUGAGAAAUACGUGGUUUACCCAGCCAUCAUUCUGAGUGCGCUCACCAAUGAUGGAUUCUCACUCAGUCACCGCAAGAAGCUAGGCAUCCACUGUGAUGUCUUGUUGAUGACAGUUGCUGGGAUGAAGCUCCUCCGCGCCUCCUUUUGCAAUCCCAGCUUCCAGUUCGUCACUCUCAUCUUCACUAUCGUCUUCUUCGAGUUCGACUGCAGCAGGGCCUCAGAGACCUUUCUGCUGGACUUCUUUAUCAUGUCCAUUGUCUUCCACAAGCUCAGUGAUCUGCUUCACAAGCUCCACUUCAUAAUGGUCUAUAUCGCACCGUGGCAGAUUGCAUGGGGUAGCGCCUUCCACGCAUUCGCUCAGCCCUUCGCUGUGCCUCAUUCAGCCAUGUUGCUGCUGCAAACGUUUGUGACGACUCUGUUCUACACCCCUCUCAGCCCCUUCCUGGGCAGUGCCAUCUUCGUCACCUCCUACCCACGGCCCGUCAAGUUCUGGGAGAGGAACUACAACACCAAACGCAUUGACAACUCUAAUAGCAGACUGGUAUCUCAGGUUGAUAAAGAGACAGGAUGCGACGACAACAACCUGAACUCCAUCUUCUAUGAGUAUCUGACGCGCUCUCUGCAGCACUCUCUGUGUGGUGACCUGAUGCUGGGCCGCUGGGGAAACUACAGCUCUGGAGACUGCUUUAUCCUGGCCUCUGACUACCUCAACGCCUUUGUUCACCUCAUCGAGAUCGGCAAUGGCCUGGUCACCUUCCAGCUCCGAGGCCUGGAGUUCAGAGGUACAUACUGCCAGCAGAGGGAGGUAGAGGCCAUCACUGAGGGGGUGGAGGAGGAUGAUGCCUGUUGCUGCUGUGAGCCGGGCCACCUGCCCCACGUUCUGUCCUGCAACGCGGCCUUUAACCUGCGAUGGCUGGCCUGGGAGGUCACCACCACCAAGUACCUGCUGGAGGGCUACAGCAUCAGCGAGAACAAUGCUGCCACCAUGCUGCAGGUGUACGACCUGCGCAAACUGCUCAUCACCUACUAUCUGAAGAGCAUAAUCUACUACCUGAUCCACUCCCUGAAGCUACAGACGUGGAUCAAGGAUUCCUCUAUCACGGAGGCUCUGGUGUCCUACACCAAGUGGCACCACAUAGAGAGAGACCCGGCCGUGUUCAGCGUUAAGAUAGAUGAGGACUACGUCCACUGCCUCCAGGGCGUCACCAGGGCCAGCUUCUGCAACGUCUAUCUGGAGUGGAUCCAGUACUGUGCCAACAAAAUGGAGGAGCCUGUGGACUGUGACGAGGACUCCCCUCUGGUCACUCUGUGCUAUGCCUUGUCUGUGCUGGGCAGGAGAUCCUUGGGGACUGCAUCUCACAACAUGUCCAACAGUUUGGAGUCCUUCUUGUAUGGGUUCAACACUCUGUUCAAAGGAGACUUCCGUAUCGCCACUAAAGAUGAGUGGGUGUUCACGGAUAUGGAUCUGCUGCAGAAAGUGGUGGCCCCAGGUGUGAGGAUGAGUCUCAAGCUCCAUCAGGACCACUUCACAUGUCUGGAGGAGACCGAGGAGCCAGCCAUCUUGUACGAGGCCAUUAGUAACUACAAGACCAGUCUGGUGAUCUGCCAUGAAAGUGACCCAGCCUGGAGGAAGGCGGUUCUGUCCAGCCGGGACACUCUUCUCACACUGAGACACAUGGUGGAUGACGGCACGGACGAGUACAAGAUCAUCAUGCUCUACAAACGCCACCUCAGCUUCAAGGUCAUUAAGAUCAAUAAGGAGUGUGUAAGGGGUCUGUGGGCUGGCCAGCAGCAGGAGCUGGUGUUCUUGCGCAACCGCAACCCAGAGCGAGGCAGCAUCCAGAACUCCAAGCAGGCCCUGCGAAACAUGAUCAACUCGUCGUGCGACCAGCCACUGGGCUACCCCAUGUACGUGUCCCCCCUCACCACCUCCUACAUGGGCACCCACAAGCAGCUGAGGAGCAUCUGGGGCGGCCCUCUCAGCCUGGACAGCAUCAGGACCUGGCUCUUCUCCAAGUGGCUGCGGGUGCGGAAGGAUAACCUGACCAGUUGUAACAGUGGUGUGAACAUGGAGGAUGUGGACUGUGCAGGGGGCUCCUCUUCUCUGAGCCACAACCCAAACUCCAUCACCUCCCAGAGCCUGAGUCUUUACCAGGCCAGGCCCAACAGGACCUCUCACGCCAAUAGGCAGCACGCUGCAGCCAGAAGAGAGUACCGGAGCCGCUCAGUGCAGCCCCAGAGCCAGCGGCCUCCAGUCACCAGCCAGUCAGGGCCCAUCCUGGACAGCCAGCAGGUGUCAGCUUCUGCCAACGGCCUGGUGCAGCGCCUCUCCAAUAGCCAGCUGUCCUUCAACACCUCCAUCGCCUCCAUCUUCUCCCAGGUGCCGCGGCUCUCCACGGCCGGGGGCCAACUGAGCUCCCAGCUCCAGGCUGCAGCCCACCACCGUUCAAGUCAGGUGUCCUCCUCCAGCUCCACCCUCAGCCUGCUGUUCGGCAAGAGGAGCUUCUCCAGUGGUCUGGUCAUUUCCGGCUUGUCGGCGGCCGAGGGGGGCAACACCACGGACACGCAGUCGUCCAGCAGCGUCAACAUCGCCAUGGGUGGACCCUCCUGCCGGUCCACUAGCCGAGCCACACAGUGGACAUCAGAGCCCUACGAGAGUAUAGAUGCAACCUACUCCAACACUCCCAAUGGCGCGAAAGACAACAAGCCUUCAAGUGACAAAGGCUGCACACAGGUCGCAGAUCAGAGCCAGGAGGACACAACAACUUCUGAAACCCACGAACUUCCAGAGCAAAAGACUAUCUGAGACCACCAACACCUACCUCACUCCGCAGCAUGUUCAGCCCCAGUGUUCUGAAUGUAAACAACAAUGCCUGUUGCUCGAGUGACAAAAUAAACUUUUUUGUAAGAAAGACAACUCCUGCACCGUUCAUGAUCCUACACCGGGAGGGUUGUCCAAAGGGUUGUGAAUUAUGUGAUGUGUCAAUAGUGUACUAAAAACUCAUAAACACUUAACAAAUUAUACACAUUCAAAGGUUCAGUCGUGUUCAGGGUGUCGCUGGAUCACUUGAUUCAUUUCAUACUGUGGAGUAAAUGUGAACAAUAAUCACAGAUCACUUUAAGGAUAUAUCUGGUGCAUGAGAUAUGGGCACUUUCCAUGGACUGAUGUUCAUUUUUCACAAUGUGCUCAGUUUACCAAUAAAAAACCUAACAAAAAGGUGCUUGAAACAAAG